AAAUAAAAUAAAGAAGGUAUAUUUUUCUGUUUAAAGAGCACAGAUCCCUUCAAGAAACUCCUCUGACGUUUCUCAACCCAAAUCUCAAGCUCCUUUUUUUUCUUCCUUCUGCAAGAACUGUUACAAAUCUCUCUAUCUCUCCCAAAGUUUUUUUUUUUUUUGGUCGGAGAUCGAAGGCAAGGAGACAUGGCUCCUGCCAUGAAGAUCGUGUUCGGUCUGUUGACAUUUGUCACUGUCGGAAUGAUCAUAGGUGCCUUGUUACAAUUGGCCUUUAUAAAUAGAUUGGAAGAUUCGUACGGAACUGGAUUUCCAUCCCUAAGAGGGCUUCGGGGCCAGCAUGCCCGUUAUCUUCGAGAUGUUUCUCGGUGGGCAAAUGACAAAGAAGCAGAAAUUUUACGGCUUGGUUAUGUCAAGCCUGAAGUGGUCAGUUGGUCCCCUCGUAUUAUUGUGCUUCAUAACUUCCUAAGCUCGGAGGAAUGUGAAUACCUAAAAGCAAUCGCCCGGCCUCGCCUUCAGAUUUCCACUGUUGUUGAUAUAAAAACCGGAAAGGGCGUGAAAAGUGAUGUGAGGACAAGCUCUGGAAUGUUUCUAACUCACGUAGAAAGAAGUUAUCCAAUAAUACAGGCAAUUGAAAAGCGAAUUGCAGUCUUUUCUCAAGUACCAGCGGAAAAUGGGGAACUCAUUCAAGUUCUAAGAUACGAGCCGAAACAGUUUUACAGACCGCAUCACGAUUACUUUGCUGACACUUUCAAUUUGAAGCGGGGUGGUCAGCGCGUAGCAACUAUGCUAAUGUAUUUAACAGAUGACGUCGAAGGAGGAGAAACUUAUUUCCCUUUGGCUGGUGAUGGUGAAUGCACUUGUGGUGGCAAAAUCAUGAAAGGCAUCUCUGUCAAACCCACCAAAGGAGACGCAGUUCUCUUCUGGAGCAUGGGACUCGAUGGACAGUCAGAUCCGAGGAGCAUACAUGGGGGAUGUGAAGUUCUGUCUGGAGAGAAAUGGUCGGCCACUAAAUGGAUGAGGCAAAAAGCUACUUCUUGAAUCUUGAGGGACUUAACUUAUAAAAGCCAAAGGAACCACAGGGACUUAUAUUGAAAAUGUUAUAGAAUCUCAGAAUUUUGACUUUUUUCUCUUUCUGACCCUUCAACUUUAGUAUCUAUCAUUUACAUACAUAAUUGAGGUGUUUUCACUU